CUCUACCCCCUUGAAUCUCCCCCCUUUCCUCUCCCCGUGCCUCUCCCCCGCUAUAUAAAUGGAUGGACUCCUCUCCUUUUAGCGCUCCUGCUUGGGCUCAGCGUGUCUCAGAGCUUCUCUCGGUGUCCACCUCGCUGCCUGUUUGUUUUGCCCUCUUGGAGUUGUAAAAAAAUUUUCAACAAUUUCCACUGCCUGGUCGGGCCCCACAAUCACCACCAACACAAGAACCACCACAAACAACCACCGACACCAACCACCAAUGACUCCGGGAGCUGUAGAAUCGUUGAGAGGGUGGCUGGUAUUAGGGACGAUCAUCUUGCUCCAUGUGUUGUCCCACAACUCCUCACAAGCAGGCAACUGCUGGCUGCAGCAGACACGCGCCGGGCGGUGCAAGGAGCUGUUGCGUGCGGGCGUGUCGCGGGACGAGUGUUGCCGCGCUAGCGGGCCCGGCGGCGGCUUCACGGCGGGCGACCCCUCCUCGGCCACGCUCUUCCGCUGGCUCGCGCUCACCGGCGGGGCGCCCAACUGCACGCCCUGCAGAGAGUCGUGCGAGGGUGUAGAGUGCGCGCCAGGCAAGAGGUGCCGCAUGAAUCGGCGCAACCGUCCGCACUGUGUGUGCGCGCCCGACUGCCGAGAGGCGCGCCGGGGCCCCGUGUGUGGCUCGGACGGCCGCUCCUACCGGGACGAGUGUGCUGUGCUGCGUGCGCGGUGCCGCGCGCAGUCCUCGCUCUCGGUGCAGUACAACGGCAGCUGCCGCAAGACGUGCGAGGGUGUGCCAUGCCCCGCCGGCAUGGAGUGCGUCCUGGAUCAGCUGAGUGGCGCCCACUGCGUGCGGUGUGGGCAGAGCUCAUGCGGCGCAACCGCCAUCUCCUCAUCUACGGGGGGCCCCCUGUGUGGCCGCAACGGUGUUACCUACGCCAGCGCCUGUCACCUGCGCCGUGCCACCUGUGCACAGGGCCGCUCCAUCGGCGUGGCACACUACGGACACUGCGCCGGGCCGCCCACCUGUCGUGACGGUUCGGCGUGCGAGGCCGGUAAGCGGUGCGUGAGGGACCCGCACACCGGCGCUGCCGCACGCUGCCUGCAGUGCAACGCGAUCUGCCGCGCGUCCGAGCGCCGUACCCCUGUGUGUGGCUCCGACAACACCACGUACCAGGACCGGUGCGCGCUGCGUGCUGCCGCCUGCUCCGACGGCCUCUUCAUCGAGGUGAAGCACUUGGGACGCUGCCGCUACGCCCCAGCGGAGGAGGGAGAAGCUGUCGACGCAGAGGGCAUGGAUGGCAAUGCUUUUCCCGGCUCGGCCAUGAUGAACUACCGGUAGCUUCCCGGCGGCCCCCCCCCCCACCCACAACCCUCCGGUCACUGCUAUUGCAUGUUUCACGUCGUGUGUAUGUGUGCGCGCUCGUGUGGAGUUUUUAUUUUUAUUUAUACGAGUAUUUAUGGGGGCCGUUGUGGGCGAGGGUAGUGAGGGUCGGGGAGACGACAGAAGGGACGCGGCGCUCCUACGACCACGCCGCUUCACAUGGGCAAGGCCGUGGCACAUCUGUCUGGGCGAAGCGAGACGAAGGACAACCGCCCACCCGCCCCGCCGGUCCCCCACCAUCGCAGAAAUCGCGAAAGAGCUACAAGGCGACAGGCAUCGCCUCUCAUUGGAACCCGUGCAGUGUUUUAUUUAUUUAGCCAGGCGAGAACCCCGUUAUCUCUUUGACGAGGGAGACCCGGGGCAUGCGUAACUAUACGUAGCGAGAGAGAUAAAAAAAAACAUACAAAGGAGCCACAACAUUUGCAUACAGUAUGUCCUUUUUUGAAGUGGCCCGAGACGCUGUUUUAUUUUUACCGGACUCGUAAUGCACCAUUGCCCUUGCUUGCAAAUAAUUUCACGGAUACUUUCGUUUACCAAUGCUCUGAUGCUUCAACGGAAUUGACACAGGGGACUGCUUUAGACAAUUCGCAGAAGAAUCCAGACUCGCCCCAGCGGGCACUCAAAACACACGGCGUGUCAACAGCAUCAGAAUAUGCAUUUAUCCUGAAGGAAUCCGAUGAGCCAUGAAUCUCUUUUUCACACAAGAUGUCCAAUAAGGGGUGGGUCAGCAAGUUACAACAACAAAUACAAAAAUAACGAUAGGAGUGCGAAGUAGAGAAAAGGUUUAACACAUAGAAGGGGGCGUUCACGAUGAUAGUAUCCAUAAUAGAGGUUUUUGGGUUAGAUCGCGUAAAUAUAAAUGUUCUGGUGUGUUGUAUGAGUAACGAAUUGGCAUGUUUUGUUUACGUGACAAAUCUUACUAUUUGGAUGUGUCGGGUGGUGGCGGGUUUAAUGACGCAUUUAUAUUUACGAGAUCUAACCCAACACCUAUAUUAUAGAGAAAAUGUAAGCAAGUAACUCUAAAUAAAUAAAUUAACGAAAACUAUGGGGCUGUCGCAGUGUAAGGGUCAGCUCAAUAGACUUGCAUUCCAGAGGCAUGAGUUCAAUUCCAUCUGCCGCCGUGGCAGCUGCAACGAUUGGGCAUGUUUCUAGAAUCCCUACCCUACCCCCGCCCACCCCUUCUCCACCGCCUCUGUCCACUCAGCAGUAAAAAUGGGUGACACUAGCCAGUUGAUCGGCAGGUCGCACGUGAUGCGGCGCAGUGUGGGUAAUCGCCCACCUUUUCCAACACGUUUGGUCAAUGUGGAAGAGUGGAACAGAUGUAUAUGUAUGUCUGUUGAACUUCUUUCGCACCGUACGUAGCCAACCGUUCAAAUCGGAGGUGUCGGGGCAGGACAACAAACGAAACACAAAGCAGUUCGAAAGAAAUUAGUUUUCAAUCUCGAUUUAAAAGUGGCAUGGCUCCAAUGGCUUCCUAAUAUCGGAAAAAAGAGCAUUCCGGACGACCCCAGAGGCACAUGGAAGUGCAGUGCGAUGCAGUGACCAUUUUUAUUCGAUGGUUAGCCAAAACAAAUACCCCCUAAAGCUUGUUUCUAGCAGAGGCCUUUCUGCCAGCAGUGGUAUCGGCAGAAAAUUUCUGGGCCGCACCUUUACCUUUGACAACACAUAGCGGCUGUUUGUGCUCUGUAACAUAUAUUUUUUGCAUUUUAGUAUUUCAAUAUUUCUCCACAUUAAGCAUGCGUUAAGUAACACAUGUAUGUACAUUGAACAACUUUCGCACCGUACGUAACCAACCAUGUGAUAUUAAUUUUAAGGGGAGGUUGUAUACUUCAUGGUGGGUGGGCUUUUUGAAUUUCAAUGUCAUUUUGUCCUUGAGUCCUCGUCUAUCAUUCCAGCAGUUGACGGCGCGUGGCGCGUAUGGGCACGGUCCGCCUCGCGCGAGCCUUUGACGCCACAUUUGUGACCGCUCUGUUAAGCCUGACUCAGGGUGGUGGGGAUUCGUCAUCAGUGGCCGUGGACUGCAGACCCGGGAGGUUUCACUUUGGCUAAUGACUCAUUGUCAUUGGCGUCGUCAGGAGAAGGUCGUGGGGCGUUGAGAAUUGUGGAUAAACUACCAUCCCCUCUCCCAAAUGUUCGGUGAAGAUAAUGAUUAUGGAUAUGAUGAUGAUUUUGACGAUGAUAACUAUGAUGACAACAAUGAUGACGAUGAUGAUGCUUUUGACAAUGAUGACGAUGAUGGUGAUGAUAACAAUGAUGAUUAUAAUGACACAAAAUAUGACAUUCGCACUGCGAGUACAGUGUAUAAUUACUGUUAUAUGUAAUUACAAUUCACUUUUUGUUUCACUUUAGAAUACAUAUAUAUUGUUCAAAUGUUUCACCCGUUGUCACGUGUUUAGGCAUUCCACAUCUGAAAUGACACGAGAUGUCGGUGAUCGUGGUAAUAACAGUGAACUUAUGUUGGUUGUCACUGUGGUGGUGGGGGUAAUAGUGAUCGUAAGGAGCAGUGGCACAGCAGUUACCGUGCUGUGCUAUGAAUCUGGUGAACCGAGAAAGAUUCACACUCAUGGCCAGCACCAGUGAUGAUUAUCUGAACCGGUCCUGGGCCUCCCCUAGAUCGACUUAGCCUCAAAUGAGUAUGUGGUGCGGUGUGUAAACAUCGCGACUCGGGAGACAAAUGUGGC